UUGUCGAACUUCGAACGUCGGAGUGUAAUUAUUUAACGCGAUAUAAUAUCGUUGACUUUUGGUGAUCGUUGAAAAACGAACGAACUUCGCAGUUCGCUGGUUUUUACUCGUCGUUCCCUCAAUCUCGUACGAAUCGGGGAAAUCUUUAAGUAAUCCCAUUGCAGCGGUUGACCAAUCAGUUGGUACGAGAUUGCCGUUAGUGGGAAAAAUAUACUCGAAGGUGGAGAUGGAAGAUUUUUAUUUACGUUCGACGCGCCCGAUGCAUUGCUAGGUAAUUUUCAAGUGGUUCAGUUAUCGCCGAUGACAUUGAAGUGCGUUGUUCGGAUCUCACCGAGCGUUCGUCUGACAUUGACUUAUCGAAGUUCGGAGCAAUGUUCGAUUUCAGUUUGAGCCAAAUAGCCGUAAGUGUCACGACCGUUUUAGUGGCGGUUUAUUUUUUUUACGCCUGGAGUCAUUCCUACUGGAAGAGAAAGAACAUACCGGGUCCGCGUCCGAUCCCCGUAUUCGGAAACUUCAAGAACAUCGUUUUUCGAAACAAUUCGCAAGUAGAGGAGGUUUUGGAUUGGUACAAAGAAUGGAAAUACGAGCCUCUCGUCGGAUUGUACAUCGGAUCGACGCCCUUGCUGUUGGUCAACGAUGUGGAGAUGAUAAAAACAAUUCUGAUAAAAGACUUCUCGUCGUUCACCGAUCGCGGGGUGAUCAUCAACGAAGAGGCUGACCCUCUGAGCGCUCACCUGUUCGCUCUGGAGGGUCACCGGUGGAGAGGACUCAGAUCCAAAUUGUCGCCCGCUUUCACGUCCGGUAAAUUGAAACAGAUGUACUACUUGCUGAACGAGUGCGCCGACCACUUCGAAAAAUACGUCGCCGAAUUGGUGGCGAAAAACGAACCGAUAGAAUGCAGGGAACUCACGGCCAAGUUCACCACCGACGUUAUUGGGUCGUGCGCCUUCGGUCUGGAUCUGAAAGCGAUGAGCAACGACGGCAGCGAAUUCAGAAAAAUGAGUCGUGCCAUUUUUCAACCGACCCUCAGAAACACGUUGGCGGGACUCAUGAUGGCCUUGUGCCCCAGCUUGUUCAAAUUUUUCAAUGUCCGCGUAACCCCGAAGGAAGUCACGAACUUCUUCUUGGAUAUCACGUCGCAGACGAUUUCUUACAGAAAAAAGUGCGACAUCGUUCGUCACGAUUUCGUCGAUUUGCUGAUUCAGAUUCAAGCUCACCCCGACCAGACGGAUUUCGAAUUGACGGACAGUCUGAUAGCCGCUCAAGCCUUCGUAUUCUUCCUCGCCGGCUUCGAGACAUCUUCGACGACUAUAAGCUACGCGCUCUACGAACUCGCGCAAAAUCAGCGCGUCCAGGACAAACUUCGCGACGAAAUUCUCGACGCGCUUAACAAGCACAACGGAGAACUUCCUUACGAAACGAUCAAGGAACUCGGAUACUUGGACAAGGUCAUGCAGGAAACUCUGAGGAAACAUCCGCCCUUGGGAACUCUGUUCAGACAGUCGGUAAAGGAUUUUACCAUCGCCGACGGUAAGAUUGACUUGCCGAAGGGGACGAGGAUCUUCAUACCGGUGAUGGGACUCCACUACGAUCCUGACUAUUAUCGCAACCCUGAGGUAUUCGACCCCAAAAACUUUGACGAGGCGAAAAUAAAGAGGAGGCCUCAGAUGGCCUACUUACCGUUCGGCGACGGACCUCGAAACUGCAUUGGUUCUCGAUUCGCCACGUACCAGACGAAAAUAGGUCUCAUCAGGAUUUUGAAAAACUACAGGGUAGACGUUUGCUCGAAAACUACGAUUCCCUACGUCAUCGACAAGGCCAGUUUCAUCUUGACGCCCGUCGGUGGAAUACAUCUACAAUUUACGAAAAUUUAAUCCGUCAGCCCCCUUACUCCGGGUAGAAACCGAUCACCUGUCCCGAAAUAUCCGCGAUAAUUUCGCGGUUGGAAUUCAUCAGACAAUGCGAUUCGAGUCGGUGGUUUUUCAGAAGGUGGAUGAAACAGGCUCGAAGAUUCUUGGGUCGGAAAUGAAUCGAAAACUGAAUGAAUAUAAUUUAAUUAAGUGACAAAAAUGUUGUUAGAAUGUACGGAGUCGCUGGAGCUGGCGCUCUUCUUCAGGUUUUUUAUAAAUAAUAUCAUUCGGAAAGGA